UUCGGUUCGGUUCGGUUCAGUUCUCAGUUCAGUUCUCAGUUUUAGUUUAUUUCAACUCAGCUGACGACGGGGUUCGGCGUCGCGAUUAGACGAAUAUUCCGCCAAAUGGGAAUUGGUUUUGAAUCCGGGCAUUCCAUACCCAUUACUACCGUGGAGAUCUAUAAAUGAUACAAUACAGAACUCGAGCAGCAAGUGAACCAAGGAGUGGCGCUCUCCCACCCCGCCCCCCACCAAGCCCCAACACCAAUACGAUUCCCAUUCCCAGUCUGGGCAACCUUGAACUUGCUUGUUGCAGUCAUGGACACCGCCGAGAAGAAGGUCUACCAGGACACCACACGACCCCUGCCCAGGGCUCGGUACUACAACAGGAACGACAAAAGCGAUUUGGGCGAUGAUUUUGUGGCACCCGAUGGCGGCUGGGCGUGGCUGGUGUGCGUUGCCGCUGGCGUUUCCAAUCUGUCCAUCUAUCCGUGUCUGCAGCAGUUUGGCUUUCUGUUCAGGGAGCGACUGGGGGAUCUGGGCAUGUCCAGCUCACAGAUAACGGCCAUUAUCAAUACGAAUCCGGCGGUGUCCGCCUGCACGGGUCUGCUCAACGGUCCGAUGUUUCGCCGCUUCACCUUCCGCCAGGUGGCCAUGGCCGGCUCCCUGCUCAUCUCCGGCGGCAUUGUGCUGACGGCCUUCUGUGAGACAUUCGUCGGCUAUAUGGUGGCCUAUGCCCUGCUCUUUGGCUUUGGCAUGGGCAUCAGUGUUUCGGCUUCGUCGCUGGCCAUCAACACGUACUUCCAGCAGAAGCGACGCAAGGCCGCUGGCUUCUCGUGGACCAUCACGGGUCUGGGGCCCAUCUUUCUGCCCUAUCUGGUCACCUUCCUGCUGACCGUCUAUGGGGUGCUGGGCACCGUGCUGCUCUUUGCCGCCAUUUCGCUGCAUUCGUUUGUCAGUGCGAUGAUCUAUCAGCCGGUGCGCUACCAUGUGAGGAGGGGCAGCGCCACGCAGCCGGACCCCGAGCCGGAGCAGCUGGUGGAGCAGCAGCUGCAGCUGCCGACGGAGGCGCUGUGUGCCCACUGUGCCUGGCAGCAGAAGCGCGAGCCGGGUGGCAUCUUCUCCAGCCAGUAUCUGUGGCAGGACGACGAUGCCCAGCGGCCGGGCUACGAGAUCUGUGAGCCGGGCACGCCCAUGCUGUCGCGGGCCAAUGACGGCUGGUUUGGGUCGCGACCCUCACUGACCUCGGGACGGCUGCGCUUUCGCACGGUGUCCAGCUCCAAGGAUCUGGAGCAGACGCAGCGGCUGCACUGUCCCAUCAGCGAGGAGCAGCAGCAGGAGAGCGAGGAGUUCCUCAGGCCCAAUAACUUUCGGCGGGAGCGCGUCGAGUCCAAUCUGGAGGCGAAGCUGUGCUGCCGAUGCGCCGAGCAUCGGGCCAUUGCCCGGGAGGACAACAACAACGGCAGGGAUGCGGCAGCGGUGGAGCAGCCCGCCGGGGAUAUCAGCUUCCUGCAGAAGGUCGUGACCUUCUUCGAUCUGGACCUGCUGCGCGAUUUCACGUUCGUGAAUCUGGUCGCUGGGCUGACGAUCAUCAACUUUGGGGAGCUGAACUUCUCCAUCCUGACGCCGUUCAUCCUGCUGGACUUUGGCUUCGAGACGCCACAGAUCACGCUGGCCAUGUCGCUGCUGGCCGGCCUGGACAUCACCAUGCGCUUCCUGGUGCCCUUCAUCACCGAGAAGAUACCGUGGGACAAUCGGGUGUUCUUCCUCAUCGGCGUCGUUGGCAUCGCCCUCGGCCGCACGGUGGUCGCCUGCACGCGCUCCUACACACUGAUCCUCUGCAGCUUCGUGUGGAUCGGGCUGUGCAAGGGCGUGCGCACCAUUUUCUGGCCCCUCAUCAUACCCGGCUACGUGCCGCUGAAUCGCCUGCCCGGCGCCUCGGGCCUCCAGCUGCUCAUCUCGGGCCUCUUUACACUCAUCUGCGGACCCUUUGUCGGUCUUGUGCGGGAUCGCUUCGACUAUUCGGUGACCCUGCAUUGUCUCAAUAUGAUGACCUUUGUGGCUGCCGCCUCCUGGACCCUGGAGGCGCUCAUUCGCCGCCAUCGGCGUAAGCAGCGACUGGAUGAUAGCUGAUCGAGCAUCGAUCAUCGCUCAUCGCUCACGCUAAUCGCUAAUCGAUCGGUGCCUAAGUUAGUUACCUUCUCUUUUUUUUGCUAUCUCUAAGUUAAUGCUUUGUAAUAGAUUAUUAAGCAUCAAGUACAAGCCAUGGUCUAUCUAUA